CUUUCUAGACGUUACUGCCUCAUCCUCAGUCAGCUGUCGCUUACCUGGUUAGCUCAAGUAACCACCCAACGGGCACUAAGUGCAGAUUUCGCUUUACGGUCAAUGAGUUUGCGCUUGAAAUCCGGUGGCGGCUUGAAAGCGUGAGUUCGAUUUCAAGAAAUUCGGCGUUGUUGCUAAAUCGGCUAAAUCGGAGCUAACCUAAACAGUAUAACAGGCGAUGCGUUAACAACUGCGAAGUCUUUGAAGACCACCUUGUGGUGGCGGAGACACUUCUGGUCCAUUGAAAAGCGUUUCGGUUUCGGAGUGCGCAUUAUCUCCAUCUGAGUAAAUUAAAAGUGCACAAGUGUUACAAGGUGAUGAGAGUAACUACAUAUGUGCGGUUGAAUGCUUACCAUCAUGAUGUGGAGUUUGCAUUGGCGGAAUCAUAGGAUUUCUGUAAGGACAUAGGUGAAAAGUGGAUUCGAGAUGCACCGUUGCACCGGAAUCGACUGCUGUAAUAUCUACCCUCGCAAAAUCCGGUUCGUUGUUAUCCUUUGAAAUUGCCAAUAACCCGCGGAGGAGCCCACAAAGUGUAACGUGCGAAUGAAACGCGCAGCCAAUCUUGCUAAAGGGCCUCCGAUUACAAAACCAUGCAACGAAAGUGAGAUUGAGCGAAUUUGAGUGUUUGUUCGUUAUUUUAUUAAUGUGAUUAUUGUCGCAAUUGAAUGUGCUUUGUGUGAAAAGUGUCAUGUAAUAUUGCAUAUUUGCGGGUGUAUGCACACAUAUUAUGUGACAGAGUGAAUUGGACGGAGGAAAAGUGCCUGAAGUGACGAACUCGAGUGGAAAUAACUGGAAGUGGAGUUUCACAAUCGCCAGCUGCCUGCCGGAAAAUGUAUUACUUCAUCAGCUCACCGGUUUUGCUGUUAUGCGUUUCGUAUACGAUAUCUACGUUAGGUGCUGAGACCCGAAUCAAGUGGCCAUCAGCACAACAAGAAGCACUUGACGAAGUUAACGAUGCAAAAAUUAUAAAAGCGGUGCAGCAGUCGAUGGCGGAAUGGUCCAUUAAAUCUCAUAAGCAUCAAAGGAAAAAGAGGGCCGUUAAGAAAGUCUGCUACAAUGAAGUUGGAUGCUUCGAAGACUCGGGGCCGUUCAGCUACUUGGAAAUGCUGCCGUCACCACCAGAGGAAAUCAACACAAAAUUUUACUUCUACUCCACGAAAAACAGAAGCGAGCAGCCAUUGUUGGAGCUACCGUUUGUCAAUAUGACCGAGGCAUUUCAAAAGUCUUCAAACGAAUCACUAAAUGAAAGCAUUGAGGAAGAACCGACCUCCGCAUUUUCUAAAUUUGCCUACACAAUGGAAGACAUGGACGGAUUUGAUGAGCUUUCAACCAGAGUGAUUGUGCACGGCUUCGGAUCUGCCUGCCCACACGUGUGGAUUUAUGAGAUGAAGACUGCUCUUAUGGCUGUGGAAAAUUGCAUAGUGAUUUGUGUCGAUUGGGAAAAUGGAGCAACUUUACCAAACUAUGUCCGAGCUGCAGCCAAUACUCGAUUAGUUGGGAAACAACUGGCGAUGCUGUUGAGGAAUUUACAAGAACACAAAGGAUUAAACCUGGCGAAAACCCACAUUAUAGGUUUCAGUUUAGGAGCACACGCAGCCGGCUUCGCUGGAGCGGAGCUUCCCGGGUUGAAACGAAUAACAGGACUAGAUCCUGCUGGACCUUUAUUCGAAUCACAGCAUCCUAAAGUACGAUUGGAUAAUACAGACGCCGAAUUUGUGGACGUAAUUCACUCCAAUGGAGAAAACUUAAUCUUAGGUGGGCUCGGAUCCUGGCAACCUAUGGGUGAUGUGGACUUUUAUCCCAACGGAGGUCGUGUUCAGACUGGAUGCUCAAACUUAUUCGUCGGCGCUAUAACUGAUUUUGUUUGGUCUCAGGCCGCCGAAGUUGAAGGCAGAUCUUUAUGCAAUCAUCGAAGGGCCUACAAAUUUUUUAUCGAUUCCGUUGCGCCCAGAUGCCAGUUCCCCGCGUUCUCGUGCAACUCUUAUGAAGAUUUUCUCAAAGGACAAUGUUUUCCAUGUAAGGAGGAUGGCAGUGACAUUGGCAAAAGCAAAUGCGGAAAUAUGGGUUAUUAUGCUGAUCGUUCAACGGGUCGAGGCCAGCUGUAUUUGGUCACACGAGAAGAAGAACCCUUUUGUGCCCACCAGUUUCAUAUUGAAAUUCAUAACUCUUUCAAUGACUUACCUUUGAGGACCAUAGGCAAAUUGGAAGCGACGCUUGAGGGUGAAGGCGGCUUAAACGAAACGUUCCUGAUUACCGAGAAAGAAGAUGCCGAGUUUUUCGCUGGAGACGUCGUAUCAAAAAUUAUAGUUCCGCAUCCUGCGCUUGGUUUUCCUACCAAACUAACGUUGCAAUAUAAGUCAUAUAGUGGGUGGCUCACCAAAGGAUUGCCCCACUGGGAUAUUGAUAAAGUCAUACUAACGGAUAGCUAUGAUAGGAGCCACUCCCUAUGCAAGCCUUCUCUAUCUUUAUCAUCUGGAAUGCCGGUUCAUAUGUCGCUUCUGCCUGGCAUCUGUGACAUUCCUGAAGAAUCUGCUACGACUGUACCACCAACAACAAGUGAGCUCGACCAGCCAGGCCAAGACCGGGUGGGGGUGGAUGGAGAGGAUGGGGUUGAGAGUGUUAAAAAUCGAAAGGAUAUUUUAAAUUUGGGUGCUAAUUUUAAAAUCUCGAAAAAUCGAACGUACACUUUGGAAGCGAAUGGAAACAGCUAUGAAAUUUUACCUUGGCAACCGAUUUUAGAAGGAAACGCUUUGGAUCGAGACCAAAUUGCUGAAUCCAGCCGUAGUUUAAGAAGCGAAGAUCGAGAAAUUUAUGAACCUAUUUUAAAGUCAAAUGAAGAUCAUGAUAGCUCAUCAACUGUUGUAAGCAAAGGACGAAAUUUACAUGUGUUUGAUGAAAAAGAAAUCGUAGAACCUAUCCUUAAGCCUACUACCCCAAAAACGCGGAAGGUUAAAGAAAUAACUUAUAACAGUACCGAGUCCAAGAAACCCGCUAAAUCUCAGGACAACGGACCAAUGACUGUCCAACUUUUUCCUUUCCGAUUGGGCGAACUGCUCGAAAGAGCUGAAAGGUAUGCUCGUGAGACUUUGCUUCCACUUAUUUCCGAACAAGCACCAAAGUUUUUCGGUUUUGGCACGGCAAAGGAGCCGUCUGAACGAAAGCCGCGUUAUAUUCCACGCUACGAAGAAUUGGCUUUUCAAAGAUCUGAAAGGAGACAAGAUAACCACGAGAAAAGUUUGGUGUCGGCUGAAUCACAAAAUCGUAGAAAUAUACUAGACCUGAGCAGGCCUCAACGUGCAGACGAACAGCGAAAAUUCACCACUACAGAUAUAUACUAUGUUAACAAAAUUGGAAAAACAUGGGAUCUUCGAACUGAUGGAAUUGAACUUGCCAGCGAUUUGAGAGAUCCUCAUCAAAUUCGUAUAGAUUUACCCACGUACCGACCUCCAGUUAAAAGAUCGACUACAGAUCUCAUCACGACUGACGAUAGUUCAUCGAAGAAGCAAAAGGCUACUUAAAUACUCUGCAUGCUCUACUACAAUGUAGUUUUCAGAAAAUGAGCGUAAGCCACCUCUAGUCCGGCAGUAUAUAAUUUAUAUAAGGAAACUGAAUGUUGCUGCUCGCUUUCUUGUUUCUAUGCAUCUCUUCUACAAAUUUUAAAGUAUUUAUAUCUCUUUUUUGUUGUAGAUAUUUUUUAAUUAUUUUAUUUCUAUAUAUUAUAUGAUAAGGACUACUUUUUAAAAAUAGUUG